AACACUGUUGAUGGUAGUUUACAUAUCGAAGCACGACCACAACACGAAUUGGGAAUUUCCCAAUUUGAUGAAGUAAAUUCUAAUAGGCGGUGUUUAACCAGAAUUAUUGCAUCUAUUAAUAACAGCAGAAAACGCGUUCAAGUGCAGCCGGCUAUCAUUUAAGCGUUGGUAAAAAGCAGCUAACAAGUGAAUGUGCUUAGUAUUCUGCCAAAAGUGAAUAUUUCAUAUGUAUUUCGAAUAAAAGCACGACCCAGGUUCAUCUCUUAUCGUCUGCGGACUGGAGUCAGAAAAAUUGUUUGUGUGUUAUCAACGACGGAUUAAGUGCGGCUUUGAAUAACGUUAUAUUAAAAUCCAGUAAUAUACAGAUUAAUACUAAAGCAUGUCGUAUAAUCGCAUGAAAACUGAAGAAUCAAAUAACAUAUCAGUGCCACUUAGCAAUGGCGAACGUUAUCCACCCAUACCGCUGCCCCCACCUAAUGCCGCCGCAGCAGCAACAAAAGAAGCAAUGGCAACGGAAAAUAAUAUAAAUAUGACUGGGAUGAAUGCGGUGCCAAUGAUGGAAGCUGGACAAAUUAUAAUACCGAACACGCAGGUUCUUAUUGUACCCGGCACCGAUACCAUGGAGGCCAAAAAUAUGAUUUUUAAUGAUCAAUCUAUAAGAAAGGGUUUCAUUCGCAAGGUUUACUUUAUAUUAUUGACGCAGUUGCUGUUCACGUGUGGCGUCAUUAGCAUCUUUAUGUACCACAUGCCCACUAAGUAUUUUGUACAAGAAAAUCCAAUCGUGGUAUGUGUGGCGAUGAUUGCCAAUUUGAUCAUCAUGUGCUCAAUGGUCUGUUGUGAGGUCGCAAGACGUCGUUUUCCAUUGAAUUUUAUAUUGUUGGCUAUGUUUACGGUGACAAUGUCGCUGAUGCUUGGCGCCGUCGCCAGCACUCUGGAUGUGGAUAUGGUGCUCCUGGCUGUGGGCAUAACUGCUGUAAUGGUUAUUGCACUGUCGAUCUAUGCCAUACAAACCAAGUAUGACUUUACAGCCUGGGGUGGCGUUUUGAUAUCUGUUGUUAUACUUUUGCUUAUACUGGCCAUUGCCGGUUCAUUUUUACGUACAAACUUUGGAAAUACGGCUGUGUCUAGCUUGGGUGCAUUGUUGGCUAGCUUUUUGCUUAUCUAUGAUACACAAUUGAUUAUGGGCGGCAAGCACAAGUAUCAGUUUAAUCCUGAGGAUUAUAUAUUUGCGGCUUUGACGCUUUACUUGGAUGUGGUGCGCAUAUUUUUGUAUGUGUUGCGUUUGGCUAAGAGAUAAACAGUUAACUGCAUUUACUUGAAUUUUCUAUGAAUCGAAAUUUAUUAUUGUGUAUCUAUGUGAAUUUAUUAUGAAUUAUAUAUGCUGGACUUUUUGACUCCUAUACAUAAAUGUACAACAAAACAAAACAGCACGCUAACAAUUAUUUAAAUAUUAACCAUAAAAUGGUGCAGCCAAAACUAAUAUAGUAUAAAUGUAAAGCAAAUUAUUUAUGUAAUUGUACUUAUAUAUGUGUGGCAAAGAA